AUGCUCAUUCAGGCUGCUGGAUUAGCUGUUUUCUUGCAGCUUUUUCUGGUCCUAUCAAUGAACUUCAGCUUUUCCAUGUCCUCAAAUCUUGACACUACUAGGAUUGAGCACAGAGACCUUCCACAAGUCACGUUUCAGGUGGAAGAGAAUACAGAACAGGGUCAGAUAAUUGGAAGUAUCUAUGACAAAAUUAGUUUGCCACUGGAUCAGAGAUUCCAAUUCUCCCUUCCACAGAAUCCCUACUUCAAAUUCGACUCUGAAGGAUCUCUCUUAGUGGCUGGGAGCUUGGAUCGUGAGGGUAGUCCAGGGCUUUGUAAAGAACCAGGCUUUCCAGAGACCUGUGAAUGGAGCAGUUUUCUAGUCGAUACUAACGGCAAUUAUAUCUCCCUUCGUGUACAUAUUGAAGAUGUCAAUGACAACGCUCCUUCCUGGUCCGUUCCCUUUGUAACGAUAACAAUUCCUGAGAAUAGUGCUCCUAAUUUCACUACAGAAUUAUCUUCAGCCCAUGAUCCAGAUUAUGGUGUAAAUGGCGUCAAGGAGUACAAAUUAAUAACACCUCCAGCUUAUGAGGAUUUAUUUAUGUUAAAAACCAACCCAUUCCAUUCUCCUUCGCUCAAACGGCACCAGACACGGGAUCAGCAAAAACGCAUUAAAACCGCAUCCUCUCCAGUCGGGAGUCCAGUCUUAGUUCUGCUGAAACCCCUAGAUAGAGAGACAUUACCAUGGAUAAAUUUGACCCUUCUAGCCAUGGAUGGAAGUCCGCCUUAUCACACUGGCGCUUUGAAGAUUCACGUCAGAGUUAGUGAUGACAACGAUCAUUCUCCCACCUUUACAUUCCAACGCUAUGUGGCUCAGCUACCAGAAGUAGCACCUGUUGGAAGUACUAUUCAACUGCGACCCAUUUCUAGUUCCCGUCAAUCUGAUGACAAUGGAGUUACAGGUCCAUUCGUGAAUCACUUUCAAGCCGAAGAUCCAGAUGAAGGUGCAAAUGGACGGGUGUAUUAUGCUUUUGCGCGUUCGACACCUCUCGAAACCCAAAAAACCUUCAGUAUCGAUGGCCAUACAGGUCAACUUCGGGUAGCUCGUCCUUUGAGCUACGAUGACGGUCCGAUAGCAUGGAAUUUCCAGGUUGUUGCUAUAGAUAACGGGAGGCCGCCACGCUCUUCAUUUACGGAAGUUUCUAUUCAACUGAAAGACGCUAAUAAUCAUCCCCCUAGCAUUAAUAUCCGAUCUUCCAUGUCCCACAGACUUCAAGAAGACAAUACGGAGGAUUUGGAUGUAACUGUAGUACGAAUUCGAGAAAAUGUGAAGCUGGUGAAGAAGCAUUUGGCCACUGUGACCGUGAAUGACAGAGAUACGAGUGAAGGAGGUGAAUUUGACUGUUCACUACAAUCGGAGGACUCGGAGCAUUUUUCUCUUGUUUUAAAAGGUCAAUUGCCUCAAGUAAUGAUUUAUGACCUCUUUGUGAGUGGCACAUUUGAUCGGGAGGAGGGAAAUAUUCGAACUGUUGGAAUAUUCUGCGAAGACAAGGGGAGUCCACGUCUCUCCUCCAACCACCAGAUCCGGUUUCUCAUUGAGGACGAGAAUGACAACAGUCCAGUUUUCGAAUUUCCCUUCUACCGCCUGACUACAAAGGAGGGCCAAGUGAAAGACAGCGUUGUGGGUCAAGUGAAGGCCUCAGACGCUGAUGAUGGGGAGGCGGCUCGACUCUCCUACGACAUACAAUGGCCGAAAGGCACGCAACCCGCCGACCAGGUGCUCACCAUCGAUAGGGACGGCAAUCUAACCGCGAAAGUUUCGUUGGAUCGAGAAAGCGCACCUUUUGGAUAUAACCUCACCACUGAGUGUGAGAGUUUGGAGUCGAAAGCCUUUACUUACAAAUUUGGCGACUUUUGA